AUGUUACUACUCCUAGCACUACAUUUUAAUUCAUGCCACUGGUGCGCCACAAAUAGUUCCUGUGGAGAAUGUAUAGGUAUCCUUCACUAUACUGAAUCAGACAGUCAGGGUACUGAAUCAGACAGUCAGGGUCCUGAAUCAGACAGUCACAGUACUGAAUCAGACAGUCAGGGUCCUGAAUCAGACAGUCACAGUACUGAAUCAGACAGUCAGGGUCCUGAAUCAGACAGUCAUGGUACUAACUCAGACAGUCAUGGUACUAACUCAGACAGUCAUGGUACUGAAUCAGACAGUCAUGGUCCUGAAUCAGACAGUCAUGGUACUAACUCAGACAGUCAUGGUACUGAAUCAGACAGUCAUGGUACUAACUCAGACAGUCAUGGUACUGAAUCAGACAGUCAUGGUCCUGAAUCAGACAGUCAUGGUACUAACUCAGACAGUCACGGUACUGAAUCAGACAGUCAGGGUCCUGAAUCAGACAGUCAUGGUACUAACUCAGACAGUCAUGGUACUGAAUCAGACAGUCAUGGUACUAACUCAGACAGUCAUGGUACUGAAUCAGACAGUCAGGGUCCUGAAUCAGACAGUCAUGGUGUUAACUCAGACAGUCACGUGCUGAGCUCCAAGCGAGGCAAUGAAAAGUACCAUUUUCGAAGUGUUCGGUAUGACCCGAUUUCCAGGGGGACAGCCUAA